CGACCAACCAACCUCCUAAUUCCUCCCUAUUAGCCUCCUCUUUUUGAGUGACUUGUGGGGGCGUUGACCCUGCAGCCCGCGCUUCGAAGGGUUAAAGCGAACGCGACCCGCUUCCUAGAGAGGAAAGGAAUGUGGGCGGGGGGGCGAGUCCUCCAGAGCUAAGUCUCCCCCCCCUCCAAGCUCUUUCUUCCCUUGAUGCGAUUCCUUCGGAGCAGAAGCGAGCGGCUGGUUCUUUCGCGCGAUCGCUGCCUCGGCGGCCCCUUCUGAGGUCCGGACUUGGUAGCACCUUCAGCUAGGGCAGAAGUGGGAAGAGUCUCUUGCGGUCAGUUGGAGAGUCUUCCUUGGAACACAGAUGAAACAAGAUGGAAGAGGAAGACUCUGUUGUUCUUGAAGACGGAUAGAGGCCCAUAUACAAUCCAGGUUGGGAGCAGUGGGGACUUCUGGGAAAGAACAAUGCAGAAUAUUCCGGAUGAGGAGGACACCCUCAGCUCAUAUUUACAGCUCCACUUUGGGCAUUUCAACCACACAGAAGCCAAAGGACCCCGAGAGAUUUGCAGCCGACUCCACCAUCUUUGCUGCAAAUGGCUGAAGCCUGAGCAACACACAAAGAAUGAGCUGUUGGAUCUGGUGGUCCUGGAACAAUUCCUGGCUGUCCUCCCCCCGGAGAUGGAGAGCUGGGUGAGGGAAUACGGAGCGGAGACCAGUUCCCAGGCGGUGGCCCUGGCCGAAGGUUUCCUCCUGAGUCAAGCAGAGGAAAAGAAGCAGGAAGAGCCGCAGGUAAAAGGUCUGUUUGCCGAACCAACCACUGACCUCCCUGCAGCAGAGAGAGCUUCGUCAGACGCCAAGCAGUGUUUCCUGCGAAGGAGGAAUGUUCAGCGGAGCUGGGGAGCUGCAGCCUCACUCAGUGAUGAAAUGAAACUGGCAAGAGCUUCUUGGCUGUCUCCUCUUUGUGGUGAAGGGGAAGCAGGAGCUGUGGAACCAGAUCAGGGUCGAGCAUCUUUUGAGGAUGUUGCUGUAUAUUUCGCCAAAAAGGGCCCCCAUGAAGUUUGCAGCCGACUCCACCAUCUCUGCCGUCAGUGGCUGAAGCCAGAGGGUCACACCAAGACUCAGAUCCUGGACCUGGUGAUCCUGAAGCAGCUCUUGGCUGUCCUCCCUCCGGAGAUGGAGAGCUGGGUGAGGGAAUGUGGAGCAGAGACCACUUCCCAAGCGGUGGCCCUGGCCAAAGGUUUCCUCCUGAGCCGGGCAGAGGACAGGAAGCAGCAGAUAAGGAGUUUGUCUUCAGAAGCGACCACUGACACAAGAGAAAGUCCCCUGCAAAGUGGUAACGAUCAGGAGAGUGAUGGACAUCCCAUCUCAUUGGGUGAUGAAAUGGCGCUGGCAAGACCUGCUUGGCCAUCUCCACUUGGCAACGGAUGGGAAACGGCUGUUGUGAACCCAGAUCAGGUAGGGGAACUCAUCUCUAGGGGAACAGAAGCUACGUGCCACUUGGGCACCUCUGUCUUCUGCUCAUUUCCCUGGACCUCAACAAACCGAUCACCUCGUUGCUCUGCAGGAGAAUCCUCAGGAGUCUUCUGGAGUUUGGUGGUCCAAUAAUCUUUUACGUUCUCUAUAAAGAGGCAACCGUUUCCUUUUCUUUCAGAGAGGAGAGCCAGUGUGGUGUAGUGGCUAAGAGCGGUGGACUCGUAA